AUGCCAGCGGACGAUAGCGCGGGCGGCGAUAGCCAAAAUGGCUACACAGCCCUCGAGAACGACCAGCUCCUCUUCAUCGGCGGCAAGUACGUGAGGAGCUCAGACGGGGCCACAUUUCCCGUGACGAAUCCAAUGACAGGCCAGAAGAUCUACGACUGCGCGUCGGCGACAGCGGACGACUACACACGGGCCAUCGAGACCGCCCACGAGGCCUUCCAGACGUGGUCCAGGACGGGCCCGUCCGCAAGGCGACUCAUCUUCCUCAAGGCCGCCGACAUCCUCGAGACGUACAUGGGCAAGGACGCGCCCGAGCUGCUCUCGAGCGAGGUCUCGGCGACGAAGGCCUGGGUUAAGGUCAAUAUCCUGUCGACCGUGAAUGUGCUGAGGGAGGUCGCUGGUCUCGCGACGCACAUCAAGGGCGAGAUUGUUCCUGCUGACCGGCCUGGUACGACCAUACUGGUCGAGAGGCAGGCUGUUGGGGUUAAUUUUGCUAUUGCUCCGUGGAAUGCGCCGGUAAACCUAACCGCCAGGGCAAUAGCCUGCCCCAUGAUCUGCGGCAACACGAUAGUCCUCAAGCCCUCCGAGUUCAGCCCGAAGUCACAGCACCUCAUCGUGCGCGCCUUCACCGAAGCCGGCCUGCCCCCAGGAUGUCUGAACUUCCUGCCCACCAGCCCGGCGCAGACGCCAGCCGUGACCGAGCACGCCGUCAAGCACCCGAAGGUUCAGCGCAUCAACUUCACGGGCUCCGACCGUGUCGGCCGCAUCAUCGCCGGCUGGGCGUCGACGGUGCUGAAGCGGUGCGUCCUGGAGCUGGGCGGCAAGGCGCCCGUGAUCGUGCUCGCGGACGCAGACGUCGGGGACGCGGUCGAGUCGGUCGUGUUCGGCGCGCUCAGCAACUCGGGCCAGGUCUGCAUGAGCACGGAGCGGGUGCUUGUGCACCGGAGCAUCAUGGGAGAUUUCAAGGCUAAGUUGCUCGAGAGGAUCGGGAAGCUAAAGACGGGCAAUCACAUCGCAGACCCAGACGUAUCUAUCUCGGGGCUGUUCACGCCGGCAUCUGCUGCGGGAGUCUUGAAAUUAUUAGAGUCAGCCGUUGAGAAAGGAGCUAAGAUCAUCGAGGGUGACAUGGCCAUCUCGGGCCCAAACAAGACCAUCAUGCGGCCGCAUGUCCUGGAAGGCGUCACGCCGGAGAUGGACGUCUUCCACAAGGAGUCAUUCGGGCCGAUCAUGUGCCUCUUCGAAUUCGACACGGAGGAGGAGGCCAUUGCUUCAGCGAACAGUAGCGAUUUCUCGCUCUGUGCGAGCGUCUUUAGCAAGGACGUCAUGCGUGCGCUGGACGUCGCCAGGCGCGUGAGGGCUGGUAGCUGCCAUGUCAAUGGGCCGACAGUGUACAUCGAGGCGACGCUGCCGAACGGAGGGGUUGGUGGGAGCAGCGGCUAUGGGCGCUUUGGUGGCAUUGCUGGUGUCGAGGAGUUUACUGAGCGUAAAAUCAUCAGCUUGGCUUCACCUGGCCAGAAGUAUGUUUUCUGA